UAUGUUGCCCUUUGUUUUUUCAUAAUAAUUAAUGAUUGCUUUUCAUUUUCAGGCAUGUUCCCCAUUCCAAUGAUGUUGCCUUCAGACCAGGAACACCUGCUGCAGAAUGUUUCGGGUGCAACACACAGAAAGAGACAAAAGCAGGGAUCCACACUGGAGAGAUGUCAGCUAUGCCUUAGGACAUUCAUGUCUCGCCAGAACUUGAAAUAUCAUAUGUUAACCCAUACUGGAGAGAAGCCGUUCAAGUGUGACAUGUGUGAUAGAGCAUUCUCACAUCCCAGUAACCUCAACAAACAUAGAAUAAAGUCACACAUGAGCUGAUCUGACUAUAUGCAGUGUGAUUUUCUUUCAAAAAGG